AUGUGGCAGCGCUUUGUGGGCUGCUUUACCAGAGCACAAAGUUCUGAUAGUUUGCGGGCUGAAAAUGGUGUGCUCGAGAUUAAUAGCAAUGCUAUAUCCAGUAAGCUCGGAAGGCGGAAGCACCAUGACCGAGACACCAAGUCGAUUACACUCAUGAAAGGUACAAAGUUUCUAUACCACUGCGGAUUUUAG